GCGAGAUCGGGUCAAACCGAGAGCCGAGAGCAGCAUCAAGUGUGAAUAGAGUAAUGACUCGGCAUGACUCCACUGAGAUCACCAUCAUAAGAGGCCCAGAGCAGCCGUAAGCUGAAGAAUGACAUGGGUCCGCCCGAGGUGAAGCAUGGGUGUUCAAGUUGAAGCAUGAGUGAAGAAGGGCUGUUGUCACUCAAUGGAGAGUGGCGCACAGCGAGUCACUGGGGCUAGAUGUCGGGUUUGUUGCACAGCACGUCUCAGAUUCCAGUGGCGGCCAAACCGAAGCGGAGUUCGCCGUGAUGGUCGAAUUGAGAGGGCUGCUGUCGAAGCAUGUGCGGUCGAGUGGUUGAAAGAAGCAACUACAGCUGCAAGCAAUCAACUGCAGAUUACAGAGAAAUCCACAGCAUCUUUUUUGGUUGUACAGGACCUACUUCGCCGUUUAAAUGGCACCAGUGAAACUGAAAUGCAAAUUUUAUGCUCGCUUUUGACACUUGAAGAGCUGUGCAAGCUGGAGGAAGAUCUGCGCCAGAAUGCUAUCAACAAGUUUGAAGCGAUAAAGUUUGACUUUGCAAAGACCCAUGAUCGAAACGCCCUCCGCGCCGACUUGCUGCGCCCAAGUUUUGGAUCUGUCACCUGCAGCGAGAUUUCAGAAGCCAUGGCCAGAUGCUUCAUCUCUGGUGGAUCGCUGGCAAGGACUUUGGCUGCUUUAGCCGGAUGCAAUGAAGAGGAUGCAGUUUCGCUGCUACGCUUUGCCCGACGCCUCUCCAAUCUUUUCGCGCCCAUUGAAUUCACAAAGCAGGUAGCUCGUCAGGAUUGGGAGAGAUUUCCUUUUGCCUUUGGCGCAUAUCUUCUUCCAGCUGUGGACCUGGCUGUGCGUUCCCUGAGAGAUUCUGGAACGCCUUCGCCACCGGAGACACGUGUGAAAGUGUCUGUCUUUGGAGCAACAGGAUGCCUUGCUGCCGCACUUUCUUCGCGCUUGGGCUGUCAGACAAGCUUAGCUGAACCUUCGGAGCUUCUUCGAUCGUGCCUUGAAAGUCUUUUCCACAGCAAUGCUGUGGCGUGCACGGUCGGCGAAGACGCUGAUGCCUCAGCAGAUCUCUUCGUUUUGUCCUUGGACGAGGAUGGUCUGUUUGAAUGGGGCCAUCUAAGGGUGUUGAAGGAGCAUCUGAAGAGGAGGCGUGAAGUUGCUCAAAGGCUUGGUAUCAAAGUAGAGCCCAAAGUUCUGCCAGAAGUGUUGUGCAUCAAGGCUGCUUUGAUUGACGACACUCUUCCACGUAUUCGAGGCUGUCGACUGAACCGUUUUGAAAAGAUGCGAGGUGACUUGGCAAUCUCACACAGAUGGCCUCGAGGUGCUUGUCACAUCCGCCCUCAGAUGCGCUCUCCUCCGCAGUUGAUAUAUGAAUCCUCCAUUCUUUCCUUGGCUGAGAAUGCAGACAAGUCCUACGUGUCAUUCUUUCCAGAGCCUGGUAUGCCAGUCAAUGGAAUCGCUGUUUGGGUGCAAUUUCGUGGUCUUCCAGAAGACAAUUCGAUUUGUUGCAUUCAGCCACUGCCUGUUAGACGCGCGGAGCUUGGAUUUGCUCUUCAUCUUUGGGCUCAUUUCUCGGACGUGAAAGUUUGGUUUGAGUGGGCUGACUCAGGACCUGGACAGUUGACAACACCUCCGCUGGGGAAGACCAAAUUACCGCCCUGGCACUUCAAGAUGUUGAAUGACCACGAGCGGAACCGGCGCUACCACAUGGCCAUCGCUCGAGCAAUUUCACGAAAGCAAGCGAAAGGAGGGACCCGAGUUUUGGACUGUGGGUGUGGUGCAGGUCUUCUUUCACUCUUGGCUUCCAGAGAAGGUGCUUCUCGAGUAACAGCUGUAGAGCUCUCACCUUUGAUCUCAGAUCUCACAAAAGAGAUCGUCAAAGAUCAAAACCAUCAGAUUCAAGACCACUUUUCAAUCCUUGCUGCAGACGUCAGGCAAUUGAGCCCUGAACAAGUGGGAGAACAUGACAUCAUUGUAAGCGAGUUGAUGGAUGCCUCGGGACUCGGAGAGUCCUUGCUCAGUGUCCUCCAACACGCUUGCCACCACCUGUCAGCGCCUGGAGCACAAGUGAUCCCAUGUGGAAUCCGCCUAGUGGGCGCUUUGGGCUGGCACCGUUUGCCCAACUGUCACGAUGCCUUUGACUUUUCUGCCCUAAAUGCCCUUUACUUCUGCUCUCAGCUUGGAGGUCCUUUCUCGCAGAAGGAGCCACCACCUUGUCUUCACGGCGGGACAGACUUGCCUUCCCUUCAUAGUGGUCCCUUUACAUCUCGGAACUUGAACCGCCUUCGCAGGCAUGAGGUGUGGGACCUACUCAGUCCUGAGCAGACCUUGCUCACAGUAAACUUCAGCAAGGCAUUGGAAGGAGCAUCCCUUUACCCUUGCACCAACAAGGUCACGCUUCAGGUGUCUCAAGAUGGGGUUGCCAAUUGCCUGAUUUGGUGGUGGGAAGUUCAGUUAGACGAGUGUGAAACUCUCUCAAACAGGCCCAAAGCCCUAGGCGGUUGCUAUGAAACUCAUUGGCAUCAGCCUUUGCUCCCCUUCGGACCUUUGCCUGUGACCAUUGGGGAUGAACUCUUGCUGAAGGUAUCGAUCUCUGACUCUGCGGGUCAGAAACUGAACUUUACCCUGGAACCUGCGAAGCCAAGAUCUGCCACUGCUUGGAUCCAGCCGGCACUACUUCCAGAGGAUCCAUUGAUGAAGCUGCUUGUGAACUGGCGAAAGGAUUUGGAAGAGGCGUGUGCAGAGAAUACAGCAUUGACAUCCAAGUUCACCAGUAGGGGAGACCUUGAUGGUUUGCAACGGCUCCAAAAGGCGGUCCUGAUUCUUUGUUUGAUGCCCCAAGCAUUCGGCUGUGGCCCCUUCGUUCGAGAUCGGCUCCUCCAGAGCUACUUUGGCGUGGCCUACAAGUAGAGCAUGAAAAUGGCAGAGCUUUUCUGCGGAGCUGCAGAGUCCACAUCUUUCAGGAAGCAGUCUAAUCGCUGGACUUCUUCUCAGCCAUCGGCCUGAAAGACCAUGAAAAACCUCUUCACUCUCCUUCAACGAGGUGAAUGUGCUGUCGCUGCAUUUGCCUGUGCUUUUCUGAGUGUAGACAGCACCUGACAGCACUGGAUGCGGAACUUCGAUGUUUCGGUGGCCA